AUGGCUGACAAAUUACUCAAUGAUCGUCAAGAUGUCCCCAUUUGGAAUGCUAUUGAGGCCGGCAAUUUCAAGCAAGCGUUAAAAUUAGUUGACAAGAGGCUGGCCAAAAAGCGGACGUCUCAUUUAGAGGCAUUCAAGAUUUAUAUCAGAUCACGAUCGCCUGCUCAAUCUGAGAGGGAUGUCGUACUCCCCCAUAUCGAAGACUUGAUUGUCAAGAAAGAGGUUAUCGCGGAUCAGGAGGACAUUGAUCUGUAUGACGAUGCUUUGAUCCAUGUUAUCCCAGAGGCUGGAGCAAUUUGGGCAAAGACGAUUGGAGAGUUGCGAUGGCAGAGUGUCAAAGCAUACCCUAAACACGAAGAGUCCGGACUGAAGUCAUUCAAGGCCUGUCUAUCGGAACGUGACUGGGAGCAUGCUCAACAGAUUGCAAGUAGUCUUGAGAAGACCUUUCCAGGCAAACAUCAAUACGUUUUUUGGAAUAUCUCUUCUUUGUUCUUAAGAUCUAUGUCGGACGAUCUUCCCAUCGAGAAAAGAACUCUAUGGGGCCGUUUGGCUUUUGGGCAAAUUAGUAAACUUGCCACGGCUACAAUUCAAGCAGACAAGUCAAAGUCUCUUCCAACUCGGGCGAUACAUACACCACAGGAGCUGUUGCUCCUACAGCGGAUUACUGCCGCACACGGAAAAUUGGAAGAUCAGUUAAAGUAUUUAAACGAACCUUCUCUUGGACCGGAGUCAAUAGUUGCCAAAGGGGACUGGGAAUUAUGGAGAAAUAAAUUACAGCUCAUGGAUGCAUCUGAGCAAUGGCAAGAGCUUUUCGAAGUAACUGGCGGUCUUCUUAAACGAGCACGCACGAAGGAUGAACGUGGACAAAUCAUUGAGGCGAGAAUGGCUGACUGGGCCGUAUGGCAAUCGUAUCUACGCUCAGCUCUUGCUUUGCAAAAUCCUUUGACCCUCGAUCAUGUCUCAACAGAAAUUGCAGCUCAUCUCAACCCCACUUCUGGAAUUGACAAAACGUGGAGACGAAAUGCAUCUUUAGCCUGGUUUGAGUUUACUUUCAAGAACUCUUCUACCCCAUUUGCUACUGAAUCUUCGGGACCAGAUGUAGAAAAAUACCCACGGGUGACUGCAAUCGUCAAAUAUUUACAGGAGUUUGGCGAUGCUACCACAGCCUAUAGCGAUCUCAGACCUUACGUAGAGCUAUCACAAACCGAGGAACGGAGUAAAUUACUCGAUAUUUUGAAACAGGGACUUCAGUUUGGUAAGACAGCGAAGAAAAAUGAUUUGGUUUCCGAAUUAAAGGCCUUGUCCAUUUCCAAAAACAAAUUCGAAAAUGCAAACGAUAUGAUCAGAUGUGUCAAUCUUCACAAAAUAACUUACCUUGCCAUGAGCAGUAUCUCCGAACAUGAACGUCGGUCGAGUCCACUACACAGAUCAGGCGAACACUCAUUUACUUGUACUCACUGCUCCAAUCCUUGCGAAAUUUACUGCAAUGUCUGCCUCGAGCAGCUCUCCAAAAAUUCCAUUGCGGCUUACAAAUCUGCAAUGAAUGACAAUGGCCGAAUUUCUAAGUCUCUUCUACCUACCGAUAGGCAUCCUGCCGAUGACUUCUGUACAUUAGCGGCAAUGUGCUUGAUGAAGCUCGCUAUCUCCGGCUCCGGCGAUGUCGAUGGAUCUCUAAAGAGCAAGCAAGUUGCUCAUGCUCUACAAGCAGCAGUAUUCCUCGAAUACGGCUGGUCACAGUCUAAAUCAAACUCCGACUUCUCACUCAUGUUGGUCAGAAUAUACUCUUCGCUUGGCUGCGGUCAACAAGCCAUGAAAGCAUACCUGCACUUAAGUUUGAAGCAGAUUCAACUCGAUACUCUAGGAUAUAGUUUACUUGAUAGGAUCUCAUCAUUGCAUCCUCAUCCAUUUGUUUCUGCGCCGGACGGCUCCUCUGACAAUCUUAGCCCCCUAGACCAUUUCAAGAAUCAAAGAAAGAUGUACAGAAAUUCCCGUUUCCAAGUUUCGAAUAACACCUGGAAAGCAUUUGAGCAUGGAAGUUACAACACCAUAUUUCAGUUCCAGGAGUUCUCCGGCAUUAUCUCCAACACAGUAUCUGCGGUAUCUUCUGCCGUCGAAACCAGAAAGAUAUCGCGGCUUUUGAAGCAACACGCGCCUUCUGACAUUUUUGACAUUCUUCCCAAAAAUCCAGAGAUGCUAGAUACGUUCUCGGAUUCCAAUGAUUAUGCUUCAUUUCCGGACUAUGAAUUUACAUUAGGACUAGGACUUGAGAAGUUGACCCGGUUUGCACCUGGCCCAUCUAGAAACCGAAGCCGUAUAAACUUGCUUAUUGAGAAAUUGAUAUCCAUGAUAAAUCCGGAAUCGACCUCCACUCCACUCGACCUCACCUCCUCUAGAGAGACCCUUCUUCGUAUAUCAAUCGAACUCCACAAACAAGUCGAAUUGAUCAAAGCCAGCAAAGAAGGAAUCUUCUUGACACGCUUAGAAACAUCGAUACUCGGAGCAUACAUCAACCUCGCCUCUAUCAUCGUCAAGUCCUGCGAUCUCACCGCAUCAUCCACACCAGAUUUCCAAGCCUCCCUCGAAACCUCCAACAAAUCCCUAUCCGCAAACCUCGAACAGCAUCUCUCCUUCAUUAAUGAAAAACAACACACAACUCCAGCUCUAUGGGAUACCCUUCAUACUCUGUACACAGCCUAUGACUUUGCAUCUAAUCUUAUCAAUGCUACGAAAUUCCUCGCGCAAAAAGAUGCAAAGGCUCAUAAAUUGCAGAUAAAGCAUAACAGAGCUUUGGUAGAGGGAGUGAAAAGCGUUAUGGAAGCAGUGGUUGAGAAAUCAAAGGCUAUUAAGAAUGGAUUGGAUGAGAGUGGAUGGAUUGAUCAAGUGUUGGAGAGUAUGGAAGUGGGAGAGUCGGGGGAGCAGUUGAGAAGUUUGGUGGGGGAUAAUUUCAUGGAGGAGUGGGCUGGGUGUGUGGUAGAGGGGUGGAGAGAGUCAGUGGCGGGAUUGGGCUUUUUGAAGGUCUAG